GGUCUUCUUCCCCUCUCUCUCUCCGUGGCGAAACGAACGAGGGAGCGAGAUCAUCGAUGCGAGAGCCAUCUUGGGCCCAGCAGCAGCGGAGGAGAUGGACGGGCCUCCUGCCCCUGUUCGUGGGCCUCGUCGUGGUCGCCGAGCUCGCCUUCCUCGGCCGCCUCGACAUGGCCAAGAACGCCGCCGUGGUCCGCCACUGGACCUCUUCCUUCCACUUCCCCUCCGACUCCGAACCCGUCGACGACGGCGGGGAUGACGACGGCCGUCGAUGCGAGGAUUGGCUGGAGCAGGAGGACGCCGUCGUUUACUCUCGGGAUUUCCGAACCAACCCCAUCGUGGUCGCCGGCGCCGAGAAAAAGGAUUGGGCUUCAUGCUCUGUUGGCUGUAAAUUUGGAUCUGGAGCAAACAAAGAACCUGAUGCUACAUUUAAACGUCCUCGACAUCCAGCGACAGCAAGUGUUCUCCGCUCAAUGGAAUCGUCACAUUACUAUAGAGAAAACAAUAUCAAUGUGGCAAGACGGUGGGAGAGGGUACAACAUUAUAAUGACUACUAGUCUUUCAUCAGAUGUACCUGUUGGUUAUUUCUCAUGGGCGGAAUAUGACAUCAUGGCACCCAUGCACCUGAAGACUGAAGAUGCCCUUGCAGCUGCCUUCAUUUCAAAUUGUGGGGCAAGGAAUUUCCGUCUACAGGCCCUUGAAAGGCUUGAAAAACUGGAUAUCAAGAUAGAUUCUUAUGGUAGUUGUCAUCGAAAUCGGGAUGGAGAAGUGGAUAAAAUAAAAGCUUUGAAGCACUACAAGUUCAGCUUGGCUUUUGAGAAUUCAAAUGAAGAGGAUUAUGUUACAGAAAAAUUCUUUCAAUCCCUUGUUGCAGGAGCUGUCCCUGUUGUAGUUGGUGCUCCUAAUAUCCAAGAUUUUGCACCUUCUUCUGGCUCAGUUUUGCAUAUCAAAAAACUUGAUGAUGUUGCCUCAGUUGCUAAGACGAUCAAAUACCUUGCAUCACACCCUGAUGCUUACAAUAAGUCAGUAAGUUGGAAGUAUGAUGGUCCAUCUGAUUCUUUCAAGGCACUCAUGGAUAUGGCAGCAGUUCAUUCAUCUUGCCGUCUUUGCAUUCAUCUUGCAACAAAGAUCCGAGAAAAAGAAGAAAUGACCACCAAGUUUCAGACACGCCCUUGUAAAUGCAUCAGCAGUAAAGGAACUGUGUACCAUGUGUAUGUGAGAGAGAGAGGACGAUUCGAGAUGGAAUCACUUUACCUCAGGUCUGGAAGUUUGACCUUAAAAGCAUUGGAAUCAGCAGUCCUCACCAAGUUCAAGUCACUAAACCAUUCGCCUAUUUGGAAGAAUGAAAGACCAGAAGUCAUUAGAGGAGAUGAUAACCUUAAAAUAUAUAAGAUAUACCCAGUUGGUCUCGCACAAAGACAAGCAUUAUACAGCUUUAAUUUUGACAGUGAUGCUGAUCUUAGGAAACACGUCGAGAGCCAUCCCUGUGCUAAAUUUGAAGUCAUUUUUGUGUAACCACAUGCCAAGUUGUUAAUUAUCUGGUAAAGAACCACGGGGUGUUCAUCCGAGUUCAAUGGGCUGGUCUUGUACCAUAGCUUCAGCUUUGUAGCUUGUAUUUACUCAAAAAAUGUGACUCAUAGGGGGUGUAUGAUGCAUAAAAGGAAAAAAAAAUUAUAAAAAGAGGUCGACUUUUUCCACAUUUGAUGUUGGAAAAAUCAUUGAAGUUUCUUUUUUUUUUCUUUUUUAACAUUUUCAUAUUUGCUAAUAUGGAGGCAAAGGAAAAGAUGGUCUCAAAAUCAUUAAUUCA